UGGUCAAAUUGUGUAGGAGCCUGUUACCGGAAAGCGAGUCUAAGCGCCUAAGAGAAGAGUUCUCGCUUUCACGUUUAAUUAAAAAUAUGCCUUCUUUAACGGAGAAGCCGCAAGUCGUAUUUGAAGAAGAUGACCUCCCGUAUGAGGAAGAGAUCAUCAGGAAUCCCUACUCCGUCAAAUGCUGGAUGCGUUACAUCGAGCACAAGCAGAAUGGUGCCAAGUCCAUCCUUAACAUGAUCUACGAGAGGGCACUCAAAGAGCUGCCUGGCAGCUAUAAACUGUGGUAUAACUACCUGCGAGAGCGGAGGAAACAGGUGAAAGGGAAGUGCAUCACUGAACCAGUCUAUGAGGAAGUAAACAAUUGUCAUGAGAGAGCGUUGGUCUUCAUGCACAAGAUGCCUCGGAUCUGGCUGGAUUACUGCCAGUUUCUGGUGUCCCAGUGUAAGAUCACACGGAGCCGACGGACAUUUGACCGUGCGCUGCGGGCACUGCCCAUCACGCAGCAUGCUCGCAUCUGGCCGCUGUACCUCAACUUUGUCCGGAAUCUGCCUUUACCUGAGACUGCCAUCCGUGUCUAUCGCAGAUACCUCAAGUUGUCACCAGAAAAUGCAGAAGAGUACAUUGAUUACUUGCAUUCGGUUGGUCGUUUGGACGAAGCGGCAGUUCGACUUGCAGCUGUGGUCAACGAUGAGAGCUUUGUAUCCAAGGAGGGAAAGUCCAACUACCAGCUGUGGCACGAGCUGUGUGACCUCAUCUCUCAGAACCCCGACAAGGUGAAGUCCCUGAAUGUGGGUGCCAUCAUUCGUGGUGGACUGACCCGCUUCACUGACCAGCUGGGCAAGCUCUGGUGUUCCCUGGCAGAUUACUAUAUCCGCAGUGGCCACUUUGAGAAGGCUCGAGAUGUGUAUGAAGAGGCCAUUUUAACAGUAGUGACAGUUCGAGACUUCACCCAGGUGUUUGACAGCUACGCCCAAUUUGAAGAGAGCAUGAUUGCAGCCAAGAUGGAGACAACAUCUGAGAUGGGGCAAGAUGAUGAAGAUGAUAUUGACCUGGAACUGCGAUUAGCACGCUUUGAGCAGCUGAUCACAAGACGUCCCCUGCUGUUGAACAGCGUGCUUCUGCGUCAGAACCCCCACAAUGUCCAUGAGUGGCACAAGAGGGUCAAGCUGUAUGAGGGCAAUCCACACCAAAUCAUCAAUACAUACACUGAGGCAGUGCAGACUGUGGACCCCAUGAAGGCCACAGGAAAACCUCACUCCCUAUGGGUUUCCUUUGCCAAGUUCUAUGAAGAGAAUGAUCAGCUGGAUGAUGCAAGGACGAUCUUUGAGAAGGCCACCAAAGUGAAUUACAAGCAGGUAGAUGACCUGGCGGUGGUGUGGUGCGAAUAUGGAGAGAUGGAGCUCCGACAUGAAAAUUAUGACCAGGCACUGCGGAUACUGCGGAAAGCCACAGCCAUCCCAUCAAAGAAAGCAGAAUACUUUGAUUCCUCAGAGCCAGUCCAAAAUCGCAUCUACAAAUCCCUGAAGGUUUGGUCCAUGCUGGCUGACCUUGAAGAGAGUCUGGGGACAUUUCAGUCUACAAAGGCUGUAUAUGACCGCAUCAUUGACCUGCGCAUCGCUACACCCCAGAUUGUCAUCAACUAUGCCAUGUUCUUGGAAGAGCACAACUAUUUUGAGGAGAGUUUUAAGGCCUAUGAGCGAGGUGUUGCGCUCUUUCGUUGGCCCAACGUGUAUGACAUCUGGAACACCUACCUCACUAAGUUCAUUGACCGCUAUGGAGGCAAGAAGCUAGAGAGGGCACGGGAUCUGUUUGAGCAAGCGCUUGAUGGCUGCCCUCCGAAAUUUGCCAAGACAAUCUACCUGCUCUAUGCGAAGCUUGAGGAGGAGUAUGGGCUGGCACGCCACGCCAUGGCUGUAUACGAGAGGGCCACAAAAGCAGUGGAUACGUCAGAGCAGCACCACAUGUUUAACAUCUACAUCAAGAGAGCAGCUGAGAUCUAUGGAGUCACUUAUACUAGGAGUAUAUACCAGAAGGCCAUUGAGGUGCUCCCUGAUGAACAUGCAAGGGAGAUGUGUCUGCGUUUUGCUGAUAUGGAGAGCAAGCUGGGUGAGAUCGACCGUGCCAGAGCCAUCUACUCGUACUGCUCCCAGAUCUGUGACCCCAGGAUGACCCCCACAUUCUGGCAGACCUGGAAAGACUUUGAGAUUCGCCACGGCAAUGAGGACACGAUCCGGGAGAUGCUGAGGAUCAAGCGUAGCGUCCAGGCAACCUACAAUACACAAGUCAACUUCAUGUCCUCACAGAUGCUCAAGGCCACCAACUCCUCCACAGGCACAGUGUCAGACCUGGCUCCGGGACAGAGCGGUGUAGAUGACAUGAAAGUGCUAGAACAGAAGGCCCAGCAGCUGGCUGCUGAGGCAGAGAAAGACAAGCCAAAACCCAAAGACAAGAUUCUCUUCGUCAGAAGCGACACAUCUCGCAGUGAGUUGGCUGAACUGGCCAAACAAGCCAACCCAGAUGAAAUCAACAUUGACAAUGAAGAUGAGGAUGAAGAAGAGGAUGAUGCUGAACCAGAUGAGGUGCAGCUGGAACAGAAGAUGGUCCCAACUGCUGUGUUUGGUGGACUGAAGGAAGACUGAACUGUUGUGGGAUAAUGACAUGACAGAACAAUGACAUUGCAGUCCAAAUACACACACACACACACACACACACACACACACACACACACACACAUACUUAUACGACCCAGUAAAGAAAAAUGCAGUCUAGCUCUGUAUACAUGCUGUUUUUUAAAAAAAAAAAAAAAUCAAACAAUUCCUAUUUCUAAUGGUACCCACCUGUUUUACAUUUUGCCUGUAAUUUCUAAGGAAGCUGCUUUGAAUAAAAUAUACUUUCAAAGGAUCAAUAUUCUGUUUUCCUUCUAUGCGGGAUCUGUAAACCAUACAGUACCAGUUCACACCACAGGAGGCUGCUGUCUCACUGUCUUCACUUGAACAUGAGGCGCACUUAAACCUGGAGAGAAACAGCAGCUUUUAAACAGUUUUAAAUUCACCAGAACUGUUCUAUUUAUCAGUCCCAUGUUGUUCAAUAUCUAAUCAGCAA